AUGAUGGGAAUGCAGAAUUAUCCAAAUCAAAGGUACUGCGUAGACCCACAAGGUGCACCCACACCCCAAAUAGGUGCCUGGAGCACUCCGAUGCCUGGAGUGGGCUAUAAUAGUCUACAGCAGGCAUGCGUACCUUCUAUAGGGAAUUAUCAAAACAUGAGACCAUGCAAUGGAAUGCAAGAAAACAUUCCAACAAUGGGAAAUAUGGAAGAUCAAAUUCAGUGUAAUAUGCAGCGAGCGCGUGAGCAAAUGCGAGAGCUUUGUAAUAACGAUGGACUAAUGGAUAAAACAGUGCAAGAGGACUUAAAAACUAUGGAAGAGACUCUGUCAUCCAUGCAAGCUCCUUGCAAUACGCAACCUCAGGACUUCCUCAUCAAAGAAAGAUGUGGUUAUACACAACCUCAAAAUUUAUCAAUGCAAGGGCCUUAUCGAAACAGCCAAGACGACGAAUUGACAGAAAGAAUUCUUCGUUAUACAGGUGGAUGUAUUAACACGCAAUCACUUGAUAUGUCGAUACAAGUUUACCGGUAUACGGCUGGAUAUUAUGGCCCACAAACCCAAUAUUUUUCAAUGCAAGAUGCUCAAUAUACACAGUCAUGCGACAACAUACAACCUCGGGACCUGUCAGUGCAAAUGAACUAUGGCAGCACCCAACCUGUUGACCUAGCACCACCGCGUUACAAUGAAGAUACACAACCGCCAACAUUAAUGGCACAACUUUGUAAAUACGCUCAAUGCAUUAGCAAGGAGUGGCGACAGCCUUCACCACCACGGCGCAAUUAUGUUGAACCUGUUAGGUUACCUGAAAUUCCAAAUGGUUAUAAUUAUGUACAGUCUCAGAAUUGCCCGCAUGGACCGAAAUGUCCAACUAAUAAUUCAUUCGGCCAUCAAUCAAACAAGCAAUGUAAUAAUUCGUCGCCAGAAAAAAAUUGUGAUAAUGUAAAAGCCAAAAAUGUGUGUGACGGAGGUCACAAUGAAAAUAACAACGCAUCAUGUUCAGUACAACAGAAUGAUGACGAACAGCAGCCAGAAGCGCCUCAGAAUGAUGCGACAGCAUGUGGAGGAAUCACGGACGUAGACAGGGAUGCAAUAAUGGCAGCUCACGAUGCUCAAUGUGUGGAAAAAUAUGCGGUAGCCUUGCGUUUUUUCAGUUAUUCCAUGGGUCAAACUUACAUUGAUCCAUCAAUCUUGGAAAAGCGUCCUGAAAAUGAAAUUCUGGAAAGGCUAAAAGAAUACCAAAGGCAUGUUUUGGACCAGCUAGAAAAAGAUAAUCGACAGAUGAGAUAUUAUGAUCCCGAAUUUCUCGUACGAACUGAUGUUACAGCUGACAUGCGCUCGAAAGCAUUUAAUUGGUUGAUAGAGUUGCAAGAGUGUGUUGCUCUGCUUGACGAGGAUGUGCACGUAGUUACAACUAUUGUUGAUUUGGUGACCUGCAAAACACUUAUUAUGGCAAAGGAUUAUCCGUUGCUGUUUGUGACGGCUAUCUGGUGUGCUCGUUUGAGAUCACGUUCUGAAGAUGCAUUACUGUUAGAAGAUCUACUGCAGGUCUUUAAUAAUAGGUAUACGGAAUCGCAGGUUAAUGCAUUGGGUCAAAGAGUGAGAUCUUGUAUUGAAACACUCAUGCCUGUCGUGACUCCAUGGCAUUUCUAUGAUUUAUAUUCCGUCGGUUCCAUCGACAUUCCCAGAAAACAAUAUCUAGUGUAUGACGAUGCAUGCAACUAUUUGUUCGACUUGGGUCUAACAGAGGAAAUUUUGGUCCAAUAUUCGGCUAACCUACGAUGUUGCGCCGUGAUAUACCUCAUACGUCGUAUUCUACGACUUCACUGCGCAUUUCUACCCGAUCAUGAGGUAUACCACACACAGAGAACAAGAUGUCCCUGUUGCACUCUUGCUGGCUGGUCGGAACUGCUGGCGGUGAUGACUGGUUUUGAAGAGGGUCCAUUACUAAAGAAAGUUGCUUACAUCUAUUGCAUGAUUUUGUGCAGAGCUAGAAACUUUGUUAUCGAUCCAGAACACGCACAUGUAUAUAGGGCUGCCUUCGAUAAGUACAAUACGUCUGAAUUUCGUUAUGUUGCCUCAAACAGCCUACUAACACACUUCAGAAUGCAUGAAGUCUUUCCUGCAGCCACCCGCUGA